AUAACGGGGCAGUGCGUGCCGGCGGCGGAAGUGCUCUUGAACUUGAUGUUUGGAUAGUAAAUACAUACAUACAAAAUACCCGUUGGUUUUGGAUAAAGAGAGCUGUUGUGGAAGUCGUAAGAAAAUUAGUAAAAACAUUUCAUUGUCAAGGAUAUUCGCACAGCAUCCGAGGAAAUUUUUGAAACUGAGACUUCAACAACAAAAAUAUGGAAGCACUUGGAGAUUUAUUGGCGCCAUAUAGCGAGCAUAUUGCUAAAGUCGCUGGAGCGGUAACUACCUUACAGAUUCUAUCUGGUUUCUUUUUGCUUAAUGAUAUCCGGAAAAAGAAGUCUAGUGAUGAAUAUCCGCCGGAACCAUUCAUCGUUGGUCUUGUGCUUGCUGUUCUCACCUUAAAGAUGGGUGCAUUGAUAGGCGAUUCUGCCACUAUAACGGUGAAUAUCCUCGGCUGCGCCCUUAAUGUCGUUUUCUGGACGGUGUUCUAUUGGUAUGCUUCGAAUGAGAGCAAAAUGAAAAUAUGGUCAAAAACUGGCAUUGCUGGAGCAUUUACGGUAGCUUGCUUAGCGUACGCCACUUUUGAAGACCCGAAGAAGAUUGAAUUCCGUUUUGGUAUGCUCAUUACCGGCAUUCUGGUAUUUUUAGUUGGAUCUCCACUCUUACGACUCAAUAAAAUAAUCGAAAAAAAGAGUACAGCCGGCAUGCCAUUUCCAAUUAUAUUUACAGGCACGCUAGUAGCGGCAUGUUGGGCCCUAUAUGCAAUUUCUAUUCGAAAUCCAAUGAUGGCCUACCAAAACCUAUUCCUAUUAGUCCUGAGUUCUAUACAAUUAUCGCUCUUUGCUAUUUACCCGAAUACACCAACAAACUCGGAUUCGAAAGUAACACAAUCACCAUCUUCAUUAGAACACAAGGGAUCUAAUAAUAAAACAUCAAUUCCUUCGAUAAGCAGCAAUGAUAAUAAAAAGAUGAACUGAACAAGGUUUGCUAUAGUUGACGAAGGCUGUGAUAGUGCCUAGAAAUCACAUUUGAAGGCUUGGAGAUAAUAAUCUCACUUCAUCGUAUUAAUCUACUAAGAUUUACAAUAAUAUGCUUGCGCUUUAAUCGCUUUUAAUCGCUAAGUAUUGCCACAACGCAUUAUUUGUAUUGUGUUCUUCCAAAUGUGCACAAAAACAGCAAAUCACUUUGAAAAUUAACUAAUAACACUUUAAUUGUAAUUUUUGACAAUAAAACAAAUCUUCCAAAUGUAAAUUUAACAUUAAAGUAAACCGCUACAUAUGUACAUACAAAUAUCUUUGAAUAUUGUGAUGUAAAAAUUAGCAACUUAGCAAAAUUAGUACGUAUGCAAUUAGUUUGUUGAAAUAUAAUAAAGAAUGAGCAUAUAUGUACAUACGUAAGUACAUACACACAUAACA